AUUAGUAAUAAACGGUCAAAGAAUGGGACUUUCAUUGAGAGUGAGACGUCGUGGAGGAAGUGUUAGCAAGAAAGAGAUCAUUCCGGUGACAAGUUGCUCGGAGGAAGUGGAGAUAACCAUACCAUCGCAGUUUCAAUGUCCGAUAUCUUACGAGCUAAUGAAGGAUCCGGUGAUUAUUGCCUCGGGGAUCACUUACGAUCGCGAAAACAUCGAGAAGUGGUUCGAGUCCGGGUACCAAACUUGUCCCGUUACAAACACGGUUUUGACAAGUUUGGAACAGAUUCCGAACCAUACGAUUCGGAGGAUGAUUCAAGGUUGGUGCGGGUCGUCACUAGGCGGCGGGAUUGAACGAAUCCCGACGCCUCGUGUACCCGUGACCAGUCAUCAAGUCUCCGAGAUUUGUGAGAGGUUAUCCGCUGCUACGCGGCGUGGAGACUACGCCGCGUGCAUGGAGAUGGUUACGAAGAUGACGAGACUAGGAAAAGAGAGCGAGAGGAAUCGAAAAUGCGUUAAGGAAAACGGCGCGGGAUUGGUUCUUUGCGUUUGCUUCGACGCGUUUUCCGAAAACGCAAAUGCGUCAUUAUUAUUGGAGGAGACUGUGUCUGUGCUGACGUGGAUGCUUCCCAUUGGUUUAGAAGGUCAAUCCAAACUCACCACGACGUCGUCGUUUAAUCGUUUAGUGGAACUGUUGAGAAAUGGUGAUCAAAACGCUGCGUUUUUGAUAAAAGAGCUUCUUGAGCUUAACGUAACUCACGUUCACGCGUUAACAAAGAUCAAUGGCGUCCAAGAAGCGUUCAUGAAAUCGAUUAAUCGCGAUUCUACAUGCGUCAACUCGUUAAUAUCAAUCCACCAUAUGAUCUUGACAAAUCAAGAAACCGUAUCAAGGUUUCUUGAAUUGGAUCUUGUGAAUAUAACAGUGGAGAUGCUAGUGGAUUCAGAAAACAGCGUUUGCGAGAAAGCGUUAACGGUAUUAAACGUGAUUUGUGAAACUAAAGAAGGAAGAGAGAAAGUGAGAAGAAACAAGCUGGUGAUACCGAUUUUGGUGAAGAAGAUUUUGAAGAUUUCUGAGAAGAAAGAUUUGGUUUCUGUGAUGUGGAAGGUUUGUAAAAGUGGUGAUGGGUCUGAAGUUGAAGAAGCGUUGAGAUUAGGUGCGUUUAAGAAGCUUGUUGUCAUGUUACAAGUUGGAUGUGGUGAAGGAACUAAGGAGAAAGUUACAGAGUUGUUGAAGAUGAUGAAUAAAGUUAUGAAGAUGAAUGGUUUUGUUGAUCGUUCUUAUUCUUCUUCAAUUGAGUUUAAACAUGUUAAGAAACCAUUUUAAUACAUUUUGUAUAGAGGAAACACCACAAUUUUUUUCAAAUCAUCAAUGUUUCCAAAAACCGGAUUGGACCGACGGUUUGAUAAACCAGACCUUAU